ACUCGUGACGAACGGACGCGCGGCCAAUGGCAAGCGGGCAGUGCGACUCAAUCGGACCGCUUUUGGGGCUUCAAUUCGAUGCGAAUUCGACUCGAGCGGAAGCGGAAAUACGAAUGCCAACGAAUUGCCAAUGGCGCACGGCUGGCAUGUGUGCGUGCCGCGUGCGAGGAUCGUCGAGUAAAUAAAAUUGCCACAGAAACGCAAAGAAACGUGUGAAAUCGGAGCUUAGAGCUGUAAAUCAUAAAGUGCAAACAGAAGUGAAACAGUCGCAAAAGUAAAAUAAACCCAAAAGUAUGUGAACUGAGAAAUAUGAAAAUAAACCCAAAUUAAGCCACCGACGACAGUGGUGAAAGCAAAUAGAACGAAUCAACUUUAACCAACAUUUGAAGUGGCGGAAGAGGAGGAUACGGCCACAACAUGACCCGCUUUCGCAUAAAAAACCUGAAAAUCCUCUCCAGCUGCCUCAGCCUGUGGGUGGUGCUCUUCGGCGGUGCACUGCACCUGGCGCUGGGCAGCGAGUUCCCCGAGCGCGAGUGCUGCGACCUGACCACCACCUCCACGGUGGGUCCGCUGCCCAUGCCGCCCGCCGCCCUGCCCACCGACAAGUCGCUCUCCUCGGCCACAACGGCCUUGGAGACGGAUCUGGCCAUCGGACGAUCGGGUUCCACCAUUAAGGGCGUCGUGGCCAUACUGAAUUGUAUCCUGGCACGUCAGCUAUGUUUCGAGGAUCCCUCAUGUUCGGCCAUAUUGGAAAUAAUACCGCGCGUCUGCGGGCCCAUACCAGUGUCCUGCAGCACGGUGACGGUGACCAAGUGCCAGGCGGCCCUUCGCACCCUGCAGGCCUUCCAGUUUUUCCGGCCCACCUGCCUGUGCAAGGAGCCCGGAAUGGAUCCCGAUUGCAACCACUUCCGGGACUUUCUCUUCGAUCAUCCGUGCGGAUUUGUGCUGAAGAAAGCCGAGAAGGAUCCUUAUCCCAUUGAUGCACUACCAACUUGCAACCAUGCGCUUUCCGUCUGCCAACAGGAACGCAAAUGCCUGAAGCUCUUCGAGGACUUUAAAACGCAUUGCAAGGUGCGCGACAACAAGUGCAAAAUGGAAAACAGGGACGCCUGUCACGAUUCCUGGACCAACCUGCGGCUGUCGCCCAUGUUUGGAUGUAUCUGCCCGAACAACCAUAUGAAAAAGCGCUGUGAUCGUAUCUUUAAUAUUGUUAAUCACAAUCCGUGUGUGGAUAGACUAAUAUUUUUCCCCAACGGUCUGCCCAAAUUGAAGCAACAGAGACCAAAGGCAAAGCCGCGGCCCAAACCGAAACCCAAAGCGAAACCGAAACCCAAGCCGAGGCAAAAGCACCAUGGCAUCAAUGGCACGGAGCUCAUGACCAACAAUAUCGAGUACCAUGAUGAGCCCAACGGACUGAACGAUCCGGAGGACGAGGCCAAUGAGACGGAGGACGAGGACCCCGAUGGGGAUGGUAAUGGUACUGGGGAUGCUGAUGAUGAUGACGAGGAGGAGGACGACGAUUAUGAUGACCGCAUACGAGCCGAGAUUUAUUCGAAUUACCCGCACUACCUGCAUCCACCGUCGUGGGGGAUUAACAAUCCCCUGGUCCUCGCCUCGCACAGUCCGCACACUCUGGACGACGACGAUGACGUGGUGGUGGAGGUGGUGACCAACAGGAAGCCACCGUCGUCCAACCACCACCACAACGAUGAGCUGGAGCACGACGUGGUCGUGGUGGUGGAUGCUGGACCCCAUUCCCACUCGCAUCCGCACCAGCACACCUACUACAGCCACGGCGAUCAGAGCUCCACGACGGGAUCUGGACCACCGGGCCCGGCACCCACGAUUCCCAGCCCACCUAACACUGGCACCAAAAUGCACAAAACAGCACCACUCGGCGAUUUAGUUGCCGGCAGCGAUAUAACCCACCGCACCUACACAGGACCCUCGAUGGAGGAACGAGUAAGAAUAUUGGGCAUGGACGAGAAACUGCAUCAGAGAAUCUUCAAUGAUAAUUUGGCCCUAAUUGAUACGCCACUAAUAGUGAUGGGUUCCGGUUCCGGCACGGUCACCACAUCCGGCUCCGGUUCCGCUUCCGGUUCCGGUUACGGCCUGGCCAUGGGCAUGGGCAUAGGCCUGUCCGGCAGCUUUAACUAUCCGGGCUCGAUGCACGGCGUGCCCAGCUAUCCGUUCAAUAUAAGCGGCUUCCAUCAGCGGCACAUGGCAGCGGCGGCUGUCGAUAAUGAACCAUUCGAUAUCAUUGAUACGGGCUUGGGCUACGGCGGAAACGGAAAUGCCGGUGUUUACUACCAAAGUGGUCAGGAUGUCGAAGUUGACCUCUCAACGGAAAUAAUCAAGCAACACUUUCAGAGUACCUGUCACACGGCAUUGGACACUUGCCGGGAAGAUCCGUCCUGCUCAUCGUCCCUCCAGCCCAUGCUGACGCACUGUGAGCUCCACCGGUGCAAUCGCAACGCGUGCAUGUCCUCGUUGCAGGCCUUCUACAAGGGGCCCCACGAGGACCUCAAUCUGGACAUCGCCUUUUGUCUCUGCAAAAAAACAAGCGGCGCCCAGCAGAACGGCAAUGGCAAUCGGCACGACAUGUGCAUGAUUGCACAGGAAAAACUGCAUCCAGUGUGCGCGCAGCGACCGCCCGAUAACAGUAAUCCGGCCAGCUCCAAUGGCAUUUACUACCAUCCGCCGCCCGCCUGUCACGUGGUCGCCGACAGCUGCAAGGAGGACCGCGAGUGCAGACUAAAGUUGGAGUAUUACGAGCAGGCCUGUGCCGUGGAUAGCGUGACCAAAAAAUGUGCCGGCAGACCCAGUGGCUGUCGAACAGCCAUGAUUGGCAUUCUGGGCACCAUGUUGAGGACGACCUGUGCCUGCCAAGGAACGGAUCCCCAGCACUUGUACCAGUGCGUGGGAUGGCGACGCCUCCUGUGGAUGAACCCCUGUGUGGUUGAGGCUCAAAAGGAUUUCCAUAUGAAGCGGUUGGCUGAGCUCGGUUUCCUUACCACCACAACAACGACGACCACCACGACGACAACAACAACGACGACGACGACCACGCGGGCACCACCGCCCCCACCUCCGCCCACCACAACAACAACGACGACGACCAGCCUGCAGCCGAGGCAAACGCCAAGGAAGCCGGCAACGCACAUCUUCAAGGACGUCAGUGCGCCAAAAGAGAAAUCAGAGCCAACAUCGGUGGAACACAAUUAUCUCGAUCCGCCCGAUUCAAUACCGCUGCCCAGCGUAAAUGUCGAGAGCGGCGGAAAUGGCGGAAAUGACGAUUAUCACAAUGGCAACGGCAAUGGACACGGAAAUGGAAAUGGCAAUGCUAACGGGAAUGGUAACGGCAGACGUAAAAAUGGCGGAAAGGGACGUGGCGGCAGUGUAGAUUUCGAUGAUCCAGUAAUUUUCGUCGACCCAAGGGAAACAACUGAAUUUGUGGGCAUCAGCAUCACGGAGCCGGUAACCACAACAACCACAACAAUGGCCACCACGACAACAACUCAGCCGCCAAGAAACUGUGUUGUCCAGCGACCACGCCAGUCGGAUCAACUUAUUCGUGAGGGCAGCAGCAAACGGAUCUACUCCUUGGACGACGUCGAGUGCAGUGAGCUGUGCAGCUGCGGCGAGUCGCUCAUCCUCACCUGCCACGCCCUCUGCGUGCCAUUCGCCCCCUGCCGCACCGCCCUGGCCUUCUACAGCCACGCCUCCCCCGCCUACCAGGCCUUCCGCGGACGUUGUCUGUGCUACUCGGGCCGCUUCAUCUGCAUGAAGCCGCCGCUCGGGGAGUACAUUCUGCCAGGUGGUAUAUUCCUGCUGCUGGGCUAUAGUGCAGCGGAUGAGGCGCUACUCAGGCCCCACACCAACCUGGGGGUCCAGGAUGCCGUGCGAGCCCUGCAGCAGUACGUAACCACAUACAUCGAUAAUCAGACGCAGUGCACCCUCACGCUGUUCAACAUGACCGAGGAGAACAUCAUCAUUGCUGCGCGUCUGCCGCACGACGGCAAACUGAAGGAUAUUGAGCUGCUGCGUAAGGAGAAGGACGAGUGCACCGCGAUACUGAAGACCAUCAGUCAUCAAAUCAAUAGCGAGCACAGCGAGCUGCAAUCCCACCGACUGCUGAGCAUUUUCAAAAUGUCCGAAGUCGAGGUCGUCUGGCCGGAGAGCACCAGUGCGGCGGCGAGGAGUGGUCAUGGUCCUGGCCAGUUAGCCGGAUGCCAGAGCCGCCGGCUGCUCUUCGCGGCCAUGCUGGCCGUGGCCUAUCUUUCCAGCUGGACAACGCUGCGGAUGAGCGAUGUGGCGACAUGACAGCCGCAUAGCUGAAGGAUUAGAGCCAGGACAAUUGCAUUAACUGUACGUAGUAGAUACUUGUAGGGGGACUAUCAUCAUCAACAUCAUCAUCAUUAUCAACAAUGGUGGGAAACGGCGCCUGGCGAGUUGGAACGAUAGCGAUAACUAUAAACUAUAAAGAUAUGGUGCAUACUCUUAACAUAGCGUAAUCAUAAAGUGUUGUAUACAUCUAGGGGCUAGUUCUGUGUUUAGCUGCGAUUUUUGUGAAGCUUUGUUGUUGACCCUUGACGAUGUUGCUGUCUCUUUUGAUACGUACAUACAUGUGAAGCAUUAUGGGAUAUA